AUGACGUCUCUAGAGGAUCUCAGAUACUGCAUUAAUCUGACGUCUCUGGAGGAUCUCAGAUACUGCAUUAAUCUGACGUCUCUAGAGGAUGUCAGAUACUGCAUUAAUCUGACGUCUCUGGAGGAUCUCAGAUACUGCAUUAAUCUGACGUCUCUAGAGGAUCUCAGAUACUGCAUUAAUCUGACGUCUCUGGAGGAUCUCAGAUACUGCAUUAAUCUGACGUCUCUAGAGGAUCUCAGAUACUGCAUUAAUCUGACGUCUCUGGAGGAUCUCAGAUAUUGCAUUAAUCUGACGUCUCUGGAGGAUCUCAGAUACUGCAUUAAUCUGACGUCUCUGGAGGAUCUCAGAUACUGCAUUAAUCUGACGUCUCUAGAGGAUCUCAGAUACUGCAUUAAUCUGACGUCUCUGGAGGAUCUCAGAUACUGCAUUAAUCUGACGUCUCUGGAGGAUCUCAGAUACUGCAUUAAUCUGACGUCUCUAGAGGAUCUCAGAUACUGCAUUAAUCUGACGUCUCUAGAGAAUCUCAGAUACUGCAUUAAUCUGACGUCUCUGGAGGAUCUCAGAUACUGCAUUAAUCUGAUGUCUCUAGAGGAUCUCAGAUACUGCAUUAAUCUGAUGUCUCUGGAGGAUCUCAGAUACUGUACUGCAUUAAUCUGA